CUUUCCUUCGUCGUGGUCCGUGAAAAUUCAAUUUUUGAUUUGGCAAAACUGAUUGCUAGAAAGUGUCAGGAUGACCAAAGAUUAUUAUGGAGAUGAAAUUAUACCAUUACCGUCCUCUUCAUCAGAGGAUGAAGAAGAAUUUGACAUUGGUGGUGAAAGCGAUGCAUCAGAUGAAGAUUUAUUUCCCCAAGCUUCAGAUUCUGAUUCUGCACCAGAAACUGUAUCAUUCAAAACAGCAGAAGUAAAUACAAAUUUAUUGAGAAAACGAACUGCCGAAGUUAUAAAGACUCAAAAGGAAGAAAGACGUAAAAAGAGAAAAGAGAUGCAUCUGAAAAAUUCAAUACAAAAAGAGGAAAAAAGGAAGAAAAUCAAAGAAAAUUUAUUACCUGAUGAUAUGCUUGCAAAAUUGGACAAUAACAUUCCCCCAUCUGAAGAAAUUGUGCAACAGGAAUUGUCAGAUGUUGAAGCUGACAGAAUAAAAGAAGACAUAGUGGAAAAAGUAGUUGGUGUUCAUGGACCAACGGUAUUCAAGUGUAAAGUUAUUCCCAAAUCUUCCCAGAAGCCAAAAGUAGUUUCCGAAGCAGCUUCCAAUUUUAGGCAAAAAAUGUUGUAUGGUGGACGCAUUCGUCGUGAAAAAAGCACUCGGGAAGCUAUUUUGAAACAAGAAAAAAGACUUGCAAUGGGACACAUUAAGUCUGUACAUAUUUGAUGUAUUAAAGUUAUUUUAUUUGUC